ACAUCCGCUAAUUUUGGCGGCACAAAAACCGCUCUCAGCCUUCUUAGACCCUCUUUUAGCGCCAAAUCUCUCUCUCUUCUCCUAGAUUGCCUCAAUCUUCUACUCCAUCCACUAUUUUUUUCAGUUAAUUCUUCCAUUUUUCUCCAAACUUUCCUCAUUUUUUCACUCUUUUUCUUCAACAUUUCCCUAUUUAUCUUCUUCCACUACUUCUUUAAUUCUUCAAUUUUCCAGAAAAUUAUACAAUUCUUACAAUUAUAAUUACAAUGGCAGAUUCAAAUCCUAAACCCUCUUCUGUUUCUAAUCUUCUUUGUCAAGAAGAUAAAUCUUAUUUAAUUGAUGGAAAUCAAAAUAAACCCAAACCCAGUUCGUCUAAUUUGAUCAUCAAUCCUCAUCUUCACUCGCUUGAGGAUGAUGAUGAUGAUGAUUAUAUUCAAAUAUUGGUCUAUAAAGAAAGAAAUUCCCCUGUUUUUUUGUAUAAUUAUCCUCUUUAUCUCAAGGAUUUUCGUGUUCAUGCCGUCAAUUGGAUCCUCAAUGCUCAGAAAACUUUUGGAUUGAAGAAUCAAACUGCUUAUUUGUCACUCAUUUAUAUGGACAGAUUCUUAUCUAGAAAGUUAAUUUCUGAAAAUCAAAGAUGGGUAGUAGACUUGUUAUCAAUUGCAAGCUUAUCAUUGGCUACAAAAAUGGAUGAAAGCAAUGUACGGCCUUCAUUUGCCGAUUAUCAAAGAUUAGUAGAAGAUUAUACAUUUGCUGAUAGUGUGAUUCAAGAUAUGGAACUUGCAGUUUUGAAUUGUUUAGAAUGGAGAAUGAAUUUGAAUACUCCUUUUGUUUUCAUCAAUUACUUUAUCAAAGAGUUAGGUGAUCAACACACUAAUCAUGAUGAAUUAAUCUCUAGAGCAAAUGAUUUGAUUAUGGCCUUAAUCAAAGAAUGUAACUCAAUGGAUGAUUAUGGACCAUUUGUGGUUGCUGGAGCAGCAGUCUUGGCAGCUUUUAAUUGGCAAUCAAGUGAACAAGACUUGAUAGUCAAAAUUAGUACUGUUUCAUUGUGGGAAAUUUCAGAUAGUCAACAACAGAAGCAGCAGCAAGAGGAGGAAUUAAUUGGUUGUUACAAAAUACUACAGAGAUUAUGUAAUAAUGCUAAUCCUAGUACACCAUACACAGAAGUUGAACUAAGAGCUACAACCCCAACAAGACUAGCAGGAACAAAGAGGAAUCUAUCUUUCAGAGACACUCAUCAAGAUCCUGAUUUACCAGACUAAUUAAUUUAUAAUUCUUUUUGUUCCGAUAUUGAGUUAAGGCCGGAUAAUCCUAUACAGGCAAGGACGGAAAGCAAUCCUUUAAACCGAGAAUUGAAGCCUAGAACUACUGGCCUAACCCGUGAUUCUCGAUCGAGUUAUAAUUCUUAAAUAAGAAUAAUUUAGGCUGGAUUAGUGAAAAUAGUUAUAAUUAAGAAUAUAUGGUAAUUGGUACCUGAAUUUUUUUUUUUUAUUUAUUUAUUUAAUAUGGGGUUUUUUUUUUGCCCUUUUAUAAUAGAAAGAGUGGAAGAAGUUUUUUGAUUGUGGGGUACAAAUUUCUAUACCCAACAAAAGGUUCUGCCAGGGACAACCUAGCAUUUGGACCAGAAAGUUGAAGUAAAUAAAUAAGAGAGGGAGAGAUUAGCUAGAAAAGAGUAUUUUUUUAAAAAAAAUCCAGGUAUAAAGAGGUUGACUGAAAAGCCAAAUGUCAUUAAAAUUAGUAGAAAUGAAAAGGAGAUAAUUAUUUGUUUUUUAGUUCAUUCUUAGUAUACUGCUUCAUCAUUUAAAUUAAAUAAAUAAACCAGCCUUUUAACCAUUAUUUUUUUCAUUGAAGAUCAUGAUGUUGGAGUACUUCUUUUGUUUGCUACAUUGUUGGAUUUAUGUACGUAUAAAGUAUCACAUCAUAUAAAGUUUUUUAAAAUAAAUUGUCUUAAAUAUUAGUAUAGUUAGCUUAUAUUAUUGCCUUAUUAUUUAAAAGCAAAAAUGUAAAUUAAAUAGAGCUUUAUGAAUUAUUGUGUAAUUUUAUUUUAUAUUUAUUU